CUAUAGAAAACUUAACAUUUCCGUUUAGUAUUAAAGUUUAAUUCCAUGCAACACGUAGAGCAGCAGUGUAUGUAACUUCACAAACCCAUCAUGUACGGUUUCGUCAAUUAUGCCUUGGAAUUACUGGUCGUAAAAACCUUUGGUGAUGAAACAUGGGAAACUAUAAAAAAACACGCCGAUCUCCAGAUGGAAGGACAGUUUCUGGUCAGGCAAAUUUACGAGGAUGAGUUAACUUAUAACCUAAUUUCUGCAGCGGUAAACAUUCUAAACAUUCCGGCGACUGCAAUUCUCGAACUGUUCGGAAAGACGUUCUUUGAAUUUUGCCAGGAUUCGGGCUAUGAUAAAAUUCUACAAGUACUGGGAGCUACACCUCGCGAUUUUCUACAGAAUCUGGACGCGUUGCACGAUCAUUUGGGCACACUUUAUCCUGGAAUGAAGGCGCCGUCAUUUCGAUGCACCGAAAGGCCUGAGGACGGGGCUCUUAUUUUACAUUACUACUCAGAUAGACCAGGCUUGGAUUACAUAGUUAUUGGAAUUGUGAAGACGGUUGCCAGCAAGCUGCAUAACACUGAAGUCGAAGUGGAAAUCAUUCAAACCAAGCAAGACAGCGACCACGUUCAAUUCCUCAUUACUGAAAGAUCGGCGCCGGAAAAACGCCCGCUUCCCCAAAUUGAUGAGAUUGAAACCUUGUCUCUUGAGCCAAAAGUGAGCCCUGCGACCUUUUGUCGUGUAUUUCCAUUUCAUAUAAUGUUCAACAGAGAUAUGAGGAUUAUACAAACUGGAACAACAAUCCUGAGGAUAAUUCCGAAAGUGAUCGAUUUCGACUGCAAAAUCACCGACAUUUUGGAUCCGAUUCGCCCUCACUUGGCAUUGACCUUUGAGAACAUUUUGUCGCACAUUAACACGAUUUACGUGCUCAAAACGAAGUCGGGCGUAAUGGAAGUAAACGUACCGCCCGAGUACCGAUAUCUACGUUUGAAAGGGCAGAUGCUUUACGUUCCAGAAACUGAUUUCGUUAUAUUCUUAUGUUAUCCGAGCGUUAUGAACUUGGAUGACCUAACUAGGCGAGGACUUUAUAUAAGCGAUAUACCAUUACAUGAUGCCACGAGGGAUUUGGUUUUAAUGUCUGAACAAUUUGAGGCCGAUUAUAAGCUGACACGAAACUUGGAACUUUUAACCGAUAAGUUACAGCAGACGUAUAGGGAAUUGGACAGGGAAAAAAAGAAGACUGAUAGGUUGUUAUACUCCGUGCUGCCGAUCAGUGUCGCAAAUGAGUUACGUCAUAAGAGACCGAUACCGGCAAAAAGGUACGACUGCGUUACGCUACUUUUUUCGGGGAUCGUUGGAUUUUCGACGUACUGCGCCAAUAAUACGGAUUCAGGAGGCGCCAUGAAGAUCGUUCAGAUGCUAAAUCAGGUUUAUACGGCGUUCGAUGUACUCACCGAUCCUGUAAAAAAUCCUAACAUAUACAAGGUAGAGACUGUAGGCGAUAAAUACAUGGCCGUUAGCGGCCUACCCGAGCCGUGCACCACGCACGCAAAGGAUAUGGCCAGAUUAGCGUUGGACAUGAUGGAUAUGGUUAAGGAAAUUCUUGACGACGGUGAACCCGUGAGAAUCACAAUCGGUAUCCAUUCGGGGGAGGUGGUUACGGGGGUCAUUGGUCAUAGAAUGCCACGCUACUGUCUCUUUGGGAAUACGGUCAACUUAACGAGCCGUACCGAGACAACCGGGGAACCUGGAAGAAUUAACGUGUCUGAAGACGCCUACAGAUAUUUAUGUCGAGAGGAUAAUUUUGAUGAACAAUUUUACUUCGAGUACCGCGGUCCGGUUUCUAUGAAGGGUAAAUCUGAGCCCAUGAACGUAUGGUUCCUUUCACGAGCGAAAUAAUUACAAGAUUUCGUUUCCCACGUAUGUGACAUCGUGCAUAAGUUAAUAUUAUAGCCAAAUAGAUGUAAUUUAAUGUACACUGAUAAUAAAUGCUGACUUGUCUAUUCUU